GACCAGAGGUCAAAGCCUCAGAAUUAAAGGGCACGGAGGUGAGGAGGAACUUACUUAAUAGAAGGUAGUUAAUGUGUGGAACUUAUUGCUACAGAGGGCUGUUAGUCUGUGGAUAUUUUAAAGCAGAGAUAAACAAAUUCUUGUUUAGAACGGGUGUCCUGGGUUAUGGGGAGAAGGCAGGAAAAAUGGGAUUAGGAGGCAGAGCUCAACCAUGUUUGAAUGGCGUAGUGGACUCGAUGGGCCGAAUGGUUUAAUUCUACUCCUAUAACUUGUGAACUCCAAAGAUGUACAGAUUUGUCGGCUAAUUAUCACUAGGCUGCACUUGGACUACUGCUUUUAAUUUUGGUCAUCCUGUUAGAGGAAAAAAUGCAGAGAAGAUUUACGAGGACGUUGCCAGGACUUCAGGGCCUGAGCUUUAGGGAGAGUUUGAGCAGGCUAGGACUUUAUUCCUUGGAGCUCUGAAGGCCGAGGGGUGAUCUUAUAGAGGUGUAUAAGAUCAUGAGGGGAAGAUCUUUUACUCAGAGUAUGGGAUCAAGAACCAGAGGGGAUAGGUUCAAGGUGAGAGGUGAAAUAUUUAACAUGAAGAAUAGGGAAUGGGGGAAAGAGGACCAGUAAAUGGGGUAUUCGGAGAGUGCACAGUGAUGCAGCGGUAGUGUUGCUGACUUACAGGUUCCAUGCUGACCACACGAGCUGUCUGUAUGGAGUUUGUACAUUCUUCACAUCACCACAUGGGUUUUCCCCGGGUGCUCCGGUUUCCUCCCACAUUCCAGACAACAGGUUUGUAGGUUAAUGGGAAAUUAGGGGAGGGUAGCAGUAAAUGGGGUAUGAGGGAGAGCACAUAAGAUGAAGUGAAGGAAGUCAGAGAGAAGUCGGAGUGAAUCAGUGAGGGGAAGGGAGUUCUGCAGAGAUGCUGCCUGACCCACUGAGUUACUCCAGCAACCUUGUGACAUUUGUAAGCCAGCACCUGCACUUUCUUGUUACUAGCAUGUUGGCUGGAUAAGGAAUGAAGAUUGAGGAGAGAUACAGAGCUUAGCACAAACCUCCCUCCAAGUUUUGUCCAAAAGAAAGGAGAAAGAUUUAAUCUGAAUCUCAGGGGCCCUUUAAAAUGUAGAGGGAUAUGAGCCAGACACAGGCAAAUAGGAAAAGUUUAGAUGGGGUAUUUUGGAUGAGUUCAUAAAUUCUAGGAGCAGAAUUAGGCCAUUCGGCCCAUCAAGACCACUCCGCCAUUCAAUCAUGGCAGAUCUAUCAUUCCCAAUCAACCCCAUUCUUCUGCCUUCUCUCCAUAACUCCUGACACUCGAACUAAUCAAUAAUCUGUCAAUCACCUCCUUAAACAUAUUCAUUGGUUUGGCCUCCACAGCCGUGUGUGGCAAAGAAUUCCACAGAUUCACCAAGAUGUCCCAUCUAAAUGUCCCAUUUGCCUGUUUCUGGUCCAUAUCCCUCUCCCUCUUGAUUAGUACGGGUGUCAGGGAUAAUGGGGAGAUAGAAGGAGAAUGGGGAUAGAAGGGAGAGAUAGAUCAGCCAUGGUUGAGUGGCGGAGUAGACUUGAUGGGCUGAAUGGCCUAAUUCUGUUCAUAUCACUUAUGAACUUCUGAAUGUCUAAAAGACACAAGGCAUGUGUCCACGAUCUGUGAUUCUAAUUAAUACAGAAGGUCAAGACUAAAUGUUGCCCAGGGGAUACAUACAGGAGGGUUAUAGACAAAGUUACAUUUGACAACGUGAAGCUCACAUCAGCAUUUCACAAUUGCAACAUCGUCAAGAUAUGAAUAGAUUGAGGAGCGUCAUCUUGUGUUGCCGCUCGGUACAUAAGUAGCCGUGCUGUGUCCGUUGUGUGUUGUAUCCAGCAAGGCUCGGAAGAGAAGAUGUGCACGAGUGUGGCAGGACUCUUGUCUCUGGCUGUGCUUGCACUAUGGGUCACAAGCAGUUCCUGUAUUGAACGUUGUAGAUGCCUGGAACCUCUCUUUUGCCGGCCUCUGUCCGCAAGAAGACGCUACGCAGUCGAGCUCUUUGCAUUUCAUGGUCGAGGAUACGAUUGGAGGCGUUACAGCUGGACAAAGAUCACGACUAUUGUCGCCAGUGGAGCUUAUGACCCUGAGCUUCUGUGCCAUGCUCACGCAUUCAACGCUCGAGUUGUCACGGAAGAGAUAAUAGGGAUGGGUGAACUGCUUGAAAAUCGUCUCCUAUCAACUUGGAUCGGUACCACAUUGCACAAGAUUCAAUCAAGACAUUUGGACGGAGUUCAUUUGAGAUUUGGUACUGUCAUUAACGCUGAAAUUUCUGCCAAAGUGCCCAGCCUGAUUAAAGAGAUCAAAACCAAAUUUACGCAAAUAAUACCAGGAUCUCAGGUCUCAUUUUUCGUUCCUUGGAAUUGUAACACCAGUACUACAAUUUGCUCUAACCUUGUCUCAGCUUCCAAAUAUGCCGAUUAUGUACAUGUGACCUCAUUUGACGUGCAGAAGCAUAUGUGGACGGAUUGCUUUGCAAAGGCAAAUGCUCCCUAUCACCAGACCCUGACAGGAAUCUCCAGUUAUAUCAAAAAGGGCCUUAAUUCCAAGAAGAUAAUAUUGACCCUUCCAUGGUUCGGUUAUGAUUAUACUUGCAAACGCUUUAUUGAGGCAGGCAGAUGUGAAAUAGUAAAUGUACCUUUUGAAGGCGCACCCUGCAGUAAUAUCAGAGCACACAAGAUCGCUUACAACGAUAUCAUGAAACUAUUGCCCAAGUCAAUAUCCGGUAGGAUUUGGGAUGAUGACCUGAAAGCCCCAUUUUUUGUCUACAAGGUUGGUACGACAUUCCACGAGGUCUGGUACGAUGAUCCAGAGAGCAUUUCAUGGAAGACGACUUUCUUGAAGAAGUUCAAGCUGGGAGGCAUUGGCAUGUGGAAGGCAAAUUUUGCCAACUAUAGUUCUGAUCCCAUUGCUGCGAUGAAAAAUGAAGAGAUGUGGAACGCUCUCUGCCCUCCCUGAGAGAAACGUCAAGCCUACGGUCAUUUCAUUAUUAUCAAAGUGACCAUUACACUUUGCAAUUAAAUCUGGCUUUGAGUGAGCCAACACGGAACACACACACAAUUAAAAUAUUAAUGCCGAUCUGGGGAUUAGUGUUUUGUCUAAAGAAGGAAUUAUUAUCCACUGAAUAAAAACAAUAUAACUAUAUAACUCAUCCCUUCCCAACCAAACCACCCCCUCCCCAGAUACCUUUCCCUGCAGUUGCAGGAGGUUCAACACCUGUCGCUAUACCUCCUCCCUCGACUCUGUCCAGGGACCACAAUAGUCCUUUCAGGUUAG